AUGGAGACAGAAUCCCACCAACUCAAUGUAAUAUUUCUACCAUAUCUAUCUCCUGGCCAUUUGAACCCCAUGGUGGAUACAGCAAGGCUUUUUGCUAGAUAUGGUGCUAGUGUUACCAUCAUCACCACCCAUGCUAAUGCUUUGACAUUCCAAAACGCCAUAGACAGUGACUUCAAUUGUGGAUACCACAUCAGAACUCAAGUGGUACCAUUCCCAACUGCCCAACUAGGUCUCCCUGAUGGGGCUGAAAACCUCAAAGAUGGCACUUCCCUAGAUAUAAUUGGUAAAAUCUUUUAUGGAGUGUCGAUGCUCCAAGGUCCAUUUGAGCUUCUGUUUCAGGAUCUGCAACCAGAUUGUCUUGUAACUGAUCUGCUGUAUCCUUGGACAGUUGAAUCAGCUGCAAAACUAGGCAUUCCAAGGCUUUACUUUUACAGUGCAAGCCACUUCGCAAGCUGUGCCACUUAUUUUAUCAGAAAGCAUAAGCCUCAUGAGAGGGUAGCUUCUGCCACCCAGAAGUUCUCAAUUCCUGGCCUUCCACAUAAUAUUGAGAUGACCAACUUGCAGCUAGAACAAUGGAUAAAGACUAAGGAUGAAUUUUCAGACUUAAUGAAUGAAGCCAAUGAAUCAGAGAUGAGAAGCUAUGGAACGCUGUGCAACAGUUUUCAUGAACUUGAAGGUGAUUAUGAGCAUCUUUAUAAAAGUACUAAGGGGAUCAAGUGCUGGAGUAUAGGACCAGUUUCGGCAUGGGCUAACAAGGGGAAUGAGGAAAAGGUCACUAGGGGACACAAGGAGGACUUUGCACAAGAUUCAGAGUGGCUAAAUUGGCUUAACUCUAAGCAAAACGAGUCUGUACUUUAUGUGAGUUUUGGGAGCUUGACGAGGCUCCCACAUGCUCAAAUCGUUGAAAUUGCUCACGGGCUCGAAAUUUCUGGCUGUAGUUUCAUCUGGGUUGCACGAGAAAAAGAUGAAAUUGACAAUGGACAAAUUUUCCUUCAAGAGUUUGAGGAGAAGAUGAAAAGAAGCAAGAAGGGUUUUAUCAUAUGGAACUGGGCACCACAGCUGCUGAUAUUGGACCACCCUGCCAUAGGAGGCAUGGUGACUCACUGUGGUUGGAAUUCGAUUCUUGAAAGUGUGAGUGCUGGAGUGCCAAUGAUGACAUGGCCAAUGUUUGCAGAGCAAUUUUACAAUGAGAAGCUGUUAGUUGAUGUGUUGAAGAUUGGAGUUCCGGUAGGAGCUAAGGAAAACAAGUUCUGGACAAGGCUGGGAGAGGAUGCAAUGGUGGGAAGGGAAGAGAUUGCAAAGGCUGUGGUACAGUUGAUGGGAAAAGAAGAGAGCACAGAAAUCAGAAGGAGAGCAAGAGAACUUGCAGGUGCUUCCAAGAAAACUACAGAGGAGGGAGGAUCGUCUUUCAACAGCCUCAUGCAAUUGUUAGAUGAGCUAAAAUCAUUGAAGAAAAAAAAAAUAAAAAUUUAGUCUUGAUGCUUCCUCUUUUUUGCUUAACAAAUCAUCCUAAGGUAUCAAAGGAUUUUGAAGGUGGAAUAGCAAUAUUGAAGAACUCCAGCUUCGAAGUUUGCUGGUCUUUAUUCUUGAUAAGUCAUUUUUGAAAAUGAUGAUGGAAAAGGAAAUUAUUAAAUUAAACUAUUGCUAAAAUUUAUGUAUUCAAGUUUUUUGUUACGAGACACGAUUUUGUUUUGUCGA